CAAUAUUAAUAAUUGCUAUUUGUUUUUCGUGUUCAUAUUUCUGCACUAAACAUAAUUUCAAACGGAUUUAAUUUACUAACCCUACAGUAUUCUCUGUGUAUGUAUGUGUAUGCGCGUACUAUACGUGAGUUUGUGCGUGUUUUUAAUGUGUUUAUUGAAUGCUAUUCGUUAAAUUGCAUUUUAAAACGAAACUCAGAUAUUUGUAUCGUGGUAUGAUGAGUAGUUCAGCUACUUCUGAAAUCGCUUCAUGCUUUUAAGUCUUCUCAUCUUUCCUCUUUUUUUUAAACUAUAGAAAAUAAAGCGAAAAGAUCUGAAGCAUGGUGUGAUUGGUGUAAAGCGCUGUUCACUGGACUGUUAACUAUAAAGGGUAUUAAGUUUAUGGACUUCUUAAGUAAUAUAGUCUGAUGCCAACACUGAAGGAAAAGGAAGAAUAGGUAUAUAAGAUUAUGCCAUAAUGAUUUUGUGCUAAUAGCCCGACAGUUGCCUUUUUUAAUUUGCUAGGAAACAAGUUGUUAAAUCUUAUCACAAAAGUGCAUGUAUUUUUAAGCACAAUGACUGAAACCUAGUUUAGUAGAUAGUCUUCAUAUGUAUAUAUCAUUGAUCUGCAUGAUAAAAAUUAAUUCACUGUGUGCAGUUUACAAUCAAAGUUUCAUUUGUGUACCUUUUAUGAGCACAUUCCUUCUUCCUUCCUCCUUCCAACCUCCCUCUCUCACAUACACACACACACAGAAGUACUGCUUCACACAUGUGAAUUAGUAGUUUAACACAGGUUUGCUGAUGUGACCUAUGGACAGAACAAUGCACUCAGGGAAACAGUCAAUCUUUUAAGCAGAUACUUUGGUAAGCAUGUCCUGAUAGUAUUUAUGGCCUUUAGAACUGCACGUCCUGAAGUGUCUCUUAUCCUUGGUGAAAAGCAUUGUUGUGCCAAGGUCACCCUGAUCACUAAGGCCAUGAUGACACUUCCUGGACACAGGACAAUCUUGACAUGUACCUUAAUGACCUUAUUAACAGUAUGGUUAGUUUUCCUUUAGAAAAAAAUAUCCUGUUUUACAGACAUCUUAGGGCAAAAUAGAGCAUGUAUAUGUAUGCGUCUAAAUAUGCAUAGUGUUUCUUUUCAUGCAUGCACUGCUUGUCCAGUAAUAAUGUAAAAAAUUACUGUACUUCAGACUUAUUUGGAUAAAAUCUGUCUAUAAUCUUUUAUAAGUGACGCAGUUAUGAUUCAGAGAUGAACUUUAACCCAUUUAAAUACUCACUAGGGCCUGCCCCACUAGUCUUGUCUGUGCUUGAGAUAACUGACUAAUGAAAGGAGAAUAAAGCGCAAAGAGAGACAAACAUCUAUUGAGAGCUAGUACAUGGGAUUGUGACUGGUGUGAUGACUGAAAGAAAUGGUCAUAUGAAUGUGAGUCAUUUUUAUGAGUAGUUCCAAAGCAGAAUAUCAUUCCAAAACCAAGGAAUAACAGGCACAAGCAACUCACCCUCUUAGUAAACUGAAUUGCAGCAACAUAUUUAUGGAUUCCAAGUUCAGCUUUCUACCAAGGGUCAUUAAUGGCGGCAUUGCUGGUAUUGUGGGAGUCACAUGCGUGUUUCCUAUUGAUCUCAUUAAAACUCGUCUUCAGAAUCAGCAGCCAGGACCAGGUGGCCAACUGUAUUACAAAAGCUUACCCGAUUGUGCUUUGAAGACUUUCCGCAACGAAGGAUUUUUUGGCAUGUACAAAGGUUCAGGGGUCAAUUUACUAUUGAUCACCCCAGAAAAGGCCAUUAAACUAGUGGGCAAUGAUUUUUUUCGCCAUAUACUACGCACAGACUCUGGCAAGCUGACAUUACCAAGGGAGGUAGUGUCUGGAGGAGGGGCUGGCAUGUGUCAGAUCAUCAUCACAACGCCAAUGGAGCUUCUGAAAAUCCAAUUGCAGGAUGCUGGACGAAGUUCUCAGAUUGAUCUUGGUGCCACCAACCUCAACAACAGUUCAACUGUAUCUGCUAAACCUGUACCCAGGCUAUCUGCUACACGGAUAGCUCUGAAUCUGCUGAGAGAGAGGGGCAUUCUGGGGCUGUAUCAGGGUUGUGGUGCAACAGCUCUGCGUGAUGUCACAUUUUCUGCAAUAUACUUUCCGCUGUUUGCCCACCUUAAUGCUUUAGGCAAGAAGAGAGAAGGCAGUGAACAGACAGUCUUUUAUCAUUCUUUUAUAUCAGGGUGUAUUGCAGGCUGUACUGCCUCUUUAAGUGUGAAUCCAAUAGAUGUUGUGAAAACACGGCUGCAAACAUUGCACAAGGGUGCUGGAGAGCAACAUUACAAUGGCAUCAUUGAUUGCUUCAGAACUGUGAUGGCACAAGAGGGACCCAGAGCUUUCCUAAAAGGAGCACUUUGCAGAAUUCUUGUUAUAGCCCCACUGUUUGGCAUUGCUCAAACAGUCUAUUACCUUGGAGUGGCCGAGUUUUUGCUUGGCAUGAAGCAGCCUUAAAGAACAUUCUCCAUAGACCUCUGACCAAACUGAUUGUGAUGGUAAACGUGUGAUCAUACAUACAUUUUAGAUGAAAAAUAGACUGUUAUUUACAGAAGAUUUUUGAACUCUUAAGGUGACUGGCAUGAACAUGUGGUAUUUUUAGCUGUUAUAUUUUAUUAACAGCAAAAGCAAAGUCUGUUGCCUACCUGAUGGACAGAAUGAUUAUGUUGUAAUUUUCUGUUACCUGAGUUGUCUUUUUUUAAUGAAUUUUAACACCAUUUUAAUGAAUUUUCAAUCUUUAGUGCAAUGAAUUUUUUUCUGCCUGAACUACUGGAUGUUGAUUUGUUUGCUUAAUUCACAAGUAUAUGCUUUUCUAGAUCAGGGUCAUCAAGAGUACAUUUUUUGUUUAGUUGUAAGCAUUGAUUUUCAUACAAAAUUCUUAAAAGUGUUUAGUUUUAAUGAAUUGUUAAUUGCUCAAAAGACAAAAAAAAACUUCCCAUGCUGCCAUAAAGGCAUUAUUUGUAUUUUAUUAAUCAGCAUGGACAAUGCACUAGAGGUCAAGAUUUUUUUACCAUUAUUUCAGAUAGAUAAAUCUUUGUAGGUGUGGUAGAUAGGUAUAGCUGUACCCCUAACAAGUACAAGCCAUCAUGUGUUUGCUAAUCUCAAUAGAUGAAUGCUUGUAGAUAUGGUAGAGGGUAAAUUAAUAUGCUGCAGGUAUCUAGUUUGCUAGCUGAGGGCUAAGCUUCUAGGCUUCCUUGUCUUUGCCCACUUCCAGUGUAGUAAUUACACAUGCCUGUUGUAUUUUCUUUCUUGUAUACCAUGUAUAUUCAGCUUAAUUUGUUGAUUUUUGAUUUUGUUUAUUGGGACACUCUCUAUGUGAACAAUAUCAGAUGAUGUGUGUUUGUUUGUUUGUUUAAGGAAGUAGGGAGUUUGAAUGGGCAACUGUCACUCUCUUUUCUACAGUUUCUUCUGAGAUUUUCAUUCUGCAGUUUAUUCACUGUAUCUUAUAAACCAGGGUGAUCUUAGACUUUUAAUCAAAGUUUCUCCUUUCUAUGGUAUUUAGAUCUGAAAUUUAAAGUUGCCAUUUUAAAAAAAUGUUAUUUGUGUUUUAUUUGUUAACUUUGAAAUAUUAUAUGCUUAUGGUAUUGAAUCUCCUGCAUACUCAGCAGACCAUUUACUAGAUGUGAGAACAAUAGGAGGGAAUGAUACACUGGCAGUAGAGUUGAUAAUGAUCAUAAUCAUGAAUUUUUUUAAUUCAUUUAUUUAAGGGAUUAGUGUCAUACACUUCAUAUUUUGCCCUCAGUAGAGCUGUAUAUUGUUCCUGUUUAUUUUGGCUUCAGUUACUUUGGCCAUUGACAAAUGAUAAAAAUAUUUGUGCUCAAGCAUUCGAUUAAAAACAUUCCGUUUGGAAGCUGUGUAAUUGAACCACUUCUUUUACGUUGUCCAAGUUACCAGUUCUCAUAGUCUUCUUAUUGACCAGCAUUGUCUUUUGUAUUUGGCAGAACCAAGGUGCAGCAUGAAAACUAUUUAAAUUAUUAGGGUAGCAUUAAGUAUUUUAAUAUUUAUCUAAAAGACUUGGUUUAGUGUUAGCAGUACUUCAGGACUACUUUGAAUCCAUUUUUGAUAUUGAAUAUAAAAGAAAGGCUGUUUUAGAGCUAUUGCAUUUUGCAAAAUGUUUAUAGUGUCUGUGACAGAAGGUACAAUACAAUGCAUAAUGUAAAAAUUUCUCUGCCUGUCCAGCAUCUUGUAUUUUCUAGUAUUGGUCUAAUGCACCAGUUUUGCAGGUUAUACAUCAAAUUGCUCAGUCUGUUGGUUUUUUUUUUUUUUAAGGCAGUUAAUCUUCAGGAGUUAAGUGGUGGCACUGGAAAAGAAGAACAUGCUAAGAAUGUAACAGAUGUCGGCUAAUCAAAUCGCUAUCUGGCAUAAUCUUACAUUUGCUAAAUGUAAUGUGGGUAGAUUUGUGCACUGAUUGACUGCUAUUGCACUUAUCUUUUUAUGUGCUAGUUUGUUGUUUAUUUUUUUAUUUUGUGUUUUAUGCAGGCAUGUAAAGAGAAUAAGGAAGAAAGUAUAUAAUUGAUUAGUGAUGAUAUAUUAUUAUUAUUGAUUCAUAUCUGUUACUGAUAAUGGACCACAUCAGUGUAUUCCAUGAGCAAAUAAGAGGGGUGGGAAGAAGACAGGAUUGCACUGUGUUGAACUGUCCCUAUUACUGAUUUUUUUUUUACCCACCUCACUCCCAACAAUAAGCCUAGAGUUUUAACCACAGGUAGUACCAGUGAAUGUUGUUGUGGAUGCUUAUGGUGCAUACCUCGCACCUGCCUCUUAAAAAGAUAAUUAACAUUGUACUUUUACAAGCUAUUUAAAUUUCAGUUCUUCAUAUUUUACUAGAUGACAGGACAGUUGGAGCGGCCCUUUUAUUACCAGUAACCUCUAUCUGCUAAAGAAAUUAUGAGAAAACGGUUUUAGCCAUAUGGCUGUUGUGUAGUGAUUAUUUUACUAAGAAUGCCAGUUACAGGAUUUCUUCUAAGUUACCACAUAGCUUUCCUGUUUUUCAUAACUGUUUAGUAGUAGUAGAGAUGAUACUGUUACCAUGUGAGGUAGCUUAAGAAGAUUUACUGCAAAAAUUUAUUUUUUUCUUUUAGAAAUCAUAAUUUAUUUUAUUUAGAUAUUAUCCAUACACACUUCAAAAGAUCUCUUUAAAGCCUUUAAGAAUAUUGCAAAAACAAAAAUGGCUGUAAAAGUGGGCAUUCUUUUGUGUCUUCUUUGUUCUGCAGAAAAUUUGAUACAGCUGAUGCUAUUGGCACUGCAUGAGCAAUAUCCAACUUUCAGUGCACACUAGAUAAGUUUAAGUCUUUAGACAAAAAAGGGAAAAAGUUUGAAAAGUUGCAGUGAUGUAACUGCUACCUGACUAAAAAUGGCAUACUAAAUAAAGAAAGCCUUUUGGGCAUUGAUCAUGAUCUCUGUGGCGCAUGGAAGCAGACUGCUACGCUGUGAAACGAAAUACAAUUUUUUGCAUUUUAUAUGGUCUCCAUUGUAUCCCUCUGAUUGUAAAACUGUAGCUGGUUCAAACCUUUUUAAUUUAUAAUUUGUUAAAAUUAAUAGAGAAGUUUUAUUUGCUCUUUUUUCUUCAAGUAACAUUUUGGUGGGUUUUUUAAAAUUUACAAAAUACAUCUAGCUUACAUGAACAACAUUUCAUUCAACAUUGAAUUGUACAGUGGCUGAUAUAGGCCUUUACUUAAUCAGGCUCACAAAAGAUUUGUGCAAAAAAAUGUGUUUGGUACUUUCGGUUCAGAUUUUGUUAGUAUGGCUGAGGCACAACCAGUGGACAUUCUCCUAUGCAGAUUGAUGAAGUUUACAGUCUGUCCUGAAUAUAUCCUUUAGAGAAGAUGAGCUAUCUAUUUUUCAAAAUGUGCCUGAAUUGAGGUAAACGUGACCAUGAGUGCUUAUACAAGUAUUUAUUAAUAAAAAUAUAAGAUUGAUAUUAUCACACAUACAUGAAAGUGGGCCCAGUGUAAAGUUACAGUACAGCUGAUCAGAUUAAAUUAAUACAUAAAAUAAAAAUCAAGAGCAUUAAACAGCUCUCAAGACAUCAAGCAUUUAAUACAGGCAACAAAUGAACAUACACAGUAGUAUAUGUCUGCUCGGCUACUGUUGUUCACUUUUUUGGUUGAUACUGUAUUCUUUGUAAACAUGCUGAUAUGAUAAUUUUUUUGUUGUUAAAUUAUAAAACUUUUGAAUAAAUCUGCCAGGACAAUGGUUAUUUAUAUAAAAUAUGUCACAUCUUAAAAUUUUUGUUGAAUUAUAGGUAGAACUGUGACAAACUGCAAAAAGGUAUAGGGGGGAAAAGUGCACUACAAUUGAAAAAACACACCUACAGCUUUCAUUGACAACAUUUUAAAUGCUAUGCAACAGUCUUGCUUUAAAAUAGUACAUAUCUGUAACUUAUUCAUCACAAAGUUUCAUGCUGCUUGUCAUCAACACUUCAAAGGUUUCCACAUGCUGAACUUUAAGAAUGCAGACUAAAUCAAAUUCAGUUAUUUAAAUAUUCAGUGGCAGAAUGAUCAAGUAUCUGCACAUUGACAUUUCAUAGAAUAAAGUUCUCUGAAAGUUAAAGGCAAUGUAUCAUGUUUUACUGAAACUAGAAGUGACCAUUGUUUGCUCCAGAUUUUUCAUAUUUUCAUUAGUCGUAUUUUCAUCUACUCUGUUUAGAAUAUUCAAGAGAAACAAAGUUAGGCAUUUGAAACUGAGGUUGAAAGUAGUUUGCUCACAAUGUUUUGAUGACAACAAUCACGGAUAAUUGUGCACACCUGAUGAGUCCACAUCAAGACUGGAAGUGGUGAAACCUAUAAAUGAGAGGAAGAGGGGUAGGAUCGCAUGCAUGCAUAAUUCUCUGAAAUUGUCCAUAAGCAGAUGUAGAGUUGAAAAUAUUGAUCCUGAAAUGUGCUUUGCAAUUUUUGUUAUUAAAUCUUUAAAUUUGCAGAUGUGUAAACUCCAACCUCAACAGAUUCUUCUUUUGUAUGAUUUAUUUUCUUUUUAUACUUCUUCAUCCUCAUAUUUUAUUAUGUAUUUUAACUCAAGAUUCUGAGUUUUUUCCUAUCUUCCCCAGAACUUAAAAUCUUGAUUCAAAUGUAUGCAGUUUAUUUGAAGAAACUUUUAUGUAGUAUUUCUGGCUCUAAAAGAAUAUAAAAAAACAAAUCAUUUAAAUUUUCUUUUUUGUGCACACUUUUUUUUUUUUUUUUUAAAUUUUGAGUUCAUAAAAGCCAUCUAGCUCUAUGUGGCUGGGUAGAAAUAAAUGAAAACUGUUUCUAAAGGUGCAAAGAAAUGAUUUCAGCCACAUUUCUUUUUAAAUGAUUUUGUUUAUAUUUUUAAUUACAUAAUACAAAUUUAGAAAUUAAUAUUUAGUGUAUUGUAGUUUUGUUCAGUUCUUUUUUUUUAGGUUUGUAUAUUUUUAAGCACGGGUGUGCAUUUGAAGAUAAUUUGUUACAAAAAUUGCUGGUCAGCUAUGCUGUCCUUUUACUCAUUUGUCAUGCAUUUCACAGUAUAUAUACAUAUAUGUUUCUUGAGCAAGAAAGAAGCAAACAAUGUAUUUGAACUUUGCCCAUACUGUAAAGAUGGUUUAAAGAUAAUUUAAAACAAGUGUUAGUCAGCCAUGUUAAUUGUGAGUUCUGUUAGUGUGCUGUUGCUUAUUAAAGCCAGCAUGUUGUUUACUAUUUUCCUAGAGCAUAUAAAUAAAUUACUAUUGACAUUUUAAUCAUUAAUUUCUCUAGCAUAUGAAAGACUGGUAACUUUCAGUUUUUGUCAUGUAGUCAUGCAGCUUACUAUGGAAUGAGAAAGCUCAUAAAAGCACACUUUAUUCCUUCAACCAGUAGUAAUUACUAGAGAGAUUGUUAAUCAUGUUUCAUACAUAUUAUCGUUUGGUAUUCCAAAAUGAGCUGCUUUUUUUCAUAUUUUGAUAUUAGGACAUUAAUGGAUUAUAAUCUCUUUAUUUGACCUUAUAACUUACAAGUCUUUAAUAAACAUACACAUGUUUAAUGGUCUGAUUGCUGAUCUGGGACUGGGUAUGUAUGUUUGCUAGACACUAUACUUGCUUGUUCUAUGUGCAGUACUCAGCUACAUGUUUUCAUUUCAUAAAUCAGAUGACUGCUUAUAUGUUAGCCAUAAAACUAGGCUUUAGCAAUAUGCUGUUCACCUGGUCCAAGGUAUCUUAAUGUUUCUUUUAAAAUACUCAGACAUAAGCAUCAUUCUAUUUGUAAAUUUUAUAUAUGCUUUGGACGAGAAAUAUGGGUUGUCAGGAGCUGAAUAAUGUUGAAAUGAAUAUGAGCCUUGUUGUGAUUAAUUGCUGCUCUUGUGAUUCAUUGUGAUAGUUGUUUUUUUCUGUAAAUAAUUGCUUAUUCCUCCUGUGUCAGUAUUGUACUUUGUUUACAAUAAAUAAGAGACUCAUGUUAUUUCUAGCCUUGGCUGGUAUUUUUUAAAUGGCAAUGUUUUAUGCUACUGUCAGUUAUAUUUCAUUAUUCUUUUCUUAUUUCGAAGUUUGGUUUAAUUUUGUAUGUGUCACAAAGGGACAACGACUUAAUACUUUUAAGAACAAUUUAAGCUUUUAACUGUAAAACUUUACAGGGAAAUAGUUUAAAGUAAAGAAGAGAUAAAUUACAAUAAACACUAUAGUUUCAAUUAGAUAAAGAGAAUUCAGCUACUUCUAGUGUUCUGUAUGAUUCAUUCAAUACUGUAACAAUUCUAUUUGAAAUUACCAUUGAUUAAUUUAUAAAUCACAAAUUUUUUCUUAAAGAACUUUGUAGUCUUGUCUACAACACUUUUAACUUCAGAAGAUAUCCUUGAAAUAUUUGCACACAGAACUUUUUACUUUUCCUGCAAUGAGUGUUUAAGUGCUACACUACUAGGCACACCUAAUGACCACCAUCUGACCAGUACUUGCAGAAUAAGCUUUUACAGAUAUGCGUUUGUAUAGUCUUGUAGAUUUACCUACGUUUUCAUAACAUAAUAUGUCUGGAUAGCUGCGAGUUUUUUUAUAACGUGCCAACCCUCUUUCAAUUAAAAAAAUGCUCAGGAGUUUUAGUGUCAUGACUUCCACAAAAGUUAGUAUUGUGAUACCUCCAUGAACACAAAAUAUUCUCCUUGCUCAAUUAAUUUUUUUUAAAGUGAGCGGUAUGACCUUUCAGUCCAUCUCAGUCAUGCUUGAAAUUAACAUUGUCGAUCUGUUUCCCUAUGUUGAUGCACCCGAUAAGAAGUAACAGAUUUUUUCCCUCAAGAACUCAAGAUUUUACCAGCAAGAUCAUAAAAAUUAAGGACCACCUUCUGGCCAAUACUUCAUGAUGUGAAUAAACUUUUAUAGAUAUGUGUUUGUAUAUGUGGACUUUUUCUUAUUAUGAAGGCAUUGUUUUUGCUAUUGUUGAUAAUAAGUGAUCAUUACUAAUUAAAGAUAUAGUGAUACAGGCCUUUUGAAAUAGCACGUUGUGUAAAUAAAUAUGAAAAGUACCAAAA